AUGGGUCGGUGCACAAACAAGGGUUGUAAUCAGGAUUUUGACCCGGAGAAUAACCCAGAGGGUAGCUGCACCUUCCACCCGGGAGCACCUGUAUUCCACGAAGGUCUCAAGUCGUGGUCGUGCUGCCAGGACGUGAACAAACCCGUGCUCGAUUUCGAUGAUUUCAUGAAGAUCACGGUACGCCGCUCGUUCCAUACCGCGCAAGCUCCCAAACCAGAGACCCCGAAACCCGUCUCCAAUGCUACUGUCUCUGUCGUCGAGAACAAGGCCGGCCAGGAAACGUACAUCACUUCCGUACCAGCUGCCAUUCCUAUCACGAUAUCUACCCCCGCCACUCCCCCGCCGCCGCUCGAGGAGAAAGAAGAGGAAGACGACCUCUCUGUUGACGUGCCGGUUGGGACUGCUUGUCGACACAAGGGCUGUGGAAAGACUUUUAUUAGCAGCGAAGUAAGCAGGCUUGGCGAGGGAGAAGAGGCCGUGUGUAUCUAUCAUCCUAAACAGCCAAUCUUUCACGAAGGUAGCAAGGGAUAUCUGUGCUGCAGGCGACGAGUAUUGGAAUUCGAGGAGUUCCUUAAGAUUGAGGGUUGCAAGAGAGGAAAACAUCUCUUUGCUCCAAAAGACAAGCCUAGCAACCAGGAAGAGGAGCAUGUCACCUGUCGGAUAGACCACUACCAGACACCAACUGAGAUUCACGUCUCAGUCUUCGCAAAGCAGGCUGAUAGGGAUCGAAGUGCGGUUAAGAUUGCGUCGAAUGAGAUCGCUUUCGACCUUGUUCUGCCAGGCCCCAAGCGUUUCCGUCGUUCAAUCGAGCUCUUUGGUCCGAUCGACCCAGAGGCAUCGUCAUACAAAUACUAUGGCACCAAGGUGGAGCUAAUUCUUAGAAAAGCAGAUAAUCGCUCGUGGGCGGUUCUCGAAAAGACCGACCGUACGCUGCCCAUCAGCUUCACGUUCGGUGUCGGUGGGCGCACAGGCACCAUAGGUGCAAAGGAACUGAUCCUAGAUGACCAGAACGCGACUAGAGCCCGAACAUGA